AUGCCCAUCACAUUACAAAAAGCAGUCGCCCCGGCGUCACGAUUUGUCCCAAGAAGCUUGUUCCGAUCUGCCCAGACACCCUUUAUCCCGUUUACACUGAGAGCCGCCUCCACCAUGGUUCCCAAGCUUAAAGACCCGUCAUUGCUCAAGCAGGACGUCUGCUAUGUCAAUGGCGAAUGGAUCAAGGCCAAGUCUGGCAAGACCUUUGAUGUGACCGACCCGGCCACCGGCGAGAAGAUCGCCUCUUGCCCCGAGUUCGCCAAGGCCGACACCGACGCCGCCAUCGCCGCCGCCGCCACGGCUUUCGAGACCUUCCGCACCAAGACCGGCCGCGAGCGUUCCAAGCUGCUGCGCAAGUGGUACGACCUGCUGAUGGAAAACGCCGAGGACCUGACCACCCUCAUCACUUGGGAGAACGGCAAACCCGUCGCCGACGCCAAGGGCGAGGUCACCUACGCCGCCAACUUCUUCGAGUGGUUCAGCGAGGAGGCGCCCCGCAUCUAUGGCGACACCAUCCCCUCCUCCGUGCCCGGGAACCGCGUGUGGACCAUCAAGGAGCCCGUCGGCGUCUGCGGCCUCAUCACGCCGUAG